UAAACAAAAUGAUCAUAUGACCGAACCAGCGAGUGGUCGCGAGCGCCAAAUAUCUUCUAAAUAUUGCGAUAAUUAUGCGUUAGCCAUGGAUGAAACAGUGGAAAGUGAGAAGCGGCCAUAUGUUUUGUGUGAGCUGGAAAAUUUUGGGCACAUCCUACAACCCUUAAAAUCCACCCAACGCAUAAAGUACACCUGUUUUGGUCUCUCUCAAAAACUUCUUGUUUUUGGUGCAACCAGCGGUGGUCUAUACAUUUUCAGGAGAGAGCCAUGUACCUUCCUUCAUCUUAUUCCCAGCAAGGAUGGACCAAUCAACAAAGUGUCAAUAUCUCCAGAUGAAAAAAUUUUGGCCUACGCCACUAGCAAAGGAGCUGUGGUGAUGAUUGAACACAAUGUGCUGCAAUCUCCUCCAGCUGCAGCCAGGAGGAUACAGAUGUCAAGCGAGCACUUGGGCGCUAAAGUCACUGCAAUGCAGUGGAACUCAAAAAGUGAUGAUCUAUACAUUGGUGACAACACAGGCAAAGUGUCGCUCCUUUGCGUCUCAGUCUUUACACCGAAAAAUAUUUUCCAAACUGCUUCAAUGCAACUGAUGCAACUGGACUCAAACAUCGUUCAGAUGGAUUUCGCACACGAUCUGAUGAUAAUCUCAACCCUCACGAGAUGCUACUUGUCUGACACUGAGAAGGAGCAGUACAAGCAAGUUGGACAGAAACUGCGGGAUGGCGAAUUCGGCGCCUGCUUCAUUUGCAAGAACGACGAAUGCAGCCAAUCAAAGGAGCAAACUGCCGCCUCAGUUCCUCCAGCUGCAUUGAUGGUCAAUCACUUUGAUCUGAUUGGGGCUAACGAGAGCCUUCCACUGCGCAUGAAGUGCAAAUUGAGGAUUUUCUGCGCCCGGCCUGGCUCAAGGCUCUGGGAGGUCAAUUGCGACGGAUCGGUGAUGAGCACUCACCAACUGAAGGAAUCCAUUUCAGCAGAGCCACCUUCUAAGAUAGUGUCACUGGCCAAUAUCAAGACGGAGCCAACGCCCGCGCUCAAAAGUGGCUUUAACUUUCCCAAAUUACACGCCAUUGCGGAUAAGUUUUUGUUCACUUAUCAACAAGACGGGCUGUACAUUUUUGAUCCAUAUAGCUCUCUAGUUGUCCUGUGGAACAAUUCAUUUACAAACAUAUUGGACGCACAAGUGUGGGAAGACUCGAUCUACGUUUGGCUCAAAUCUGGUGAAAUGCACGCCCUCAACUUUCAGCCUGUCGAAAAAUGCAUCAUCAAGUUGUAUUUCAAGAAGGAGUACCCAAUUUGCGCCCAGCUUUGCCGCAGCUAUUUGGAGCAUUUAAUGAAAAUCGUGCCAUCAGCCAGAAAGUUGCAUUUUAUUUCUGAUUUGGCCGACAAGCUUUCUGAUCACUCGGAAUUGCGACUGAGCAUUUUGCCACUCACCUCUGAAAUCCUCAAGUUCCUGCCAUCAAAGCGAUCAAGAGGACAGAAAAUGAAAAAUGGAAUAUACAAAAUUGGAAGUACCCUUGACAGCGAUGAGGAGGGUAAAAGUUUCCGCAUUUUGAGGUCUCUUUCUGGCAGUAGAUCAAGGAAAGCGUCAGAAAGAUCGCGGUCCCUGAGCGCCUCUCCGAAAAGGAAACCAACGACCCAAGCUAAAAGCAAUGAGUUGCCCAGAAACAGCAGCUCUCAAUCUCUCCCAGUGAACGCUGAAAACAAAUUGCUGACUUACGAGGAUGUGUGUGGACAUGAGUCUCCCUUUUCUGUGAUGACCUCGCCAGAGGCAAGAGCAGCUCUCCAAGAUUUGACGACAAUCCUUUCCAGCAAAAUUAAGAAGCAGUGGAUGGCAUUCGAGGGCAAAAUGAAAUAUUUUAGUCACGAAGUUCCCCUUUUAGAUGUAGGAGUCAAGACAAAUGGGGCAAAGAAGGAGACUGAGCAGAACGAGGAAGACUUUGACAGCCUCGAAAUUGUAAAAACAAACGGAAAGAAUGAAAGGCAAAUUAUUUGUGAGUCAGACAUCCCGCACAUAAUCGAUCUGAGAGACUCAAUCAGAAGUGGGAAUUUCGAGCAAAUUUUGCGCAGCUGUGACGUCUGUUUUAAAAUUCACUUUGGAAAUUUUAAUUUUAACAUGUUCCCCUUCAAGUCCUUUCUGCAACUUUCAGAACUGGAGGCCGUGAAAAAUUCUCUCCAUAAAGCAUUUGAAAGCAAGUUUGUUUUAAACCUGUUGCCUUCAACACCGACCUUGCAACCAGAUCGGGACUAUCCUGACAUGUUCAAAUCCACCCAUUCAGAUCAAGACCUUCUGCUUGACACUCAGUUGAGCCAACUGAUAUCAGCUUACGGAGAAGUUUUGGACGAGGAAACAAUAUUGCAAGAUCUGCAAAGUCUAGACGUGCCAUGCUACUUCAUGAGCUGGUGCUCUGUUUUAAACGCAUUCCAAAAUCAAGUACUCAAAUUCAUCACAUCCGAGUCCAGAGACAACAUCCGGCAGGCCAUCACUGACAAGUCCUGUCCCCUACCCCGGCUGCUGGAUGUCAUGUAUCUUCUUCUCCGGGUGUCAAGCAACGAAGGCAUCGACAUUUGCCUGUCAAUAGGAGAGCACGUCACGUUAAGGGACUUUUGCUACGUGGUGUUGAAGCUGCAGCAGCACAAGAUCACGGCGGGCAACGCUAGUCAGAAUAUACAACGAUACUGCCAAAAUAUAUUGUUGUCGGUCCUAACCAAAAAGUCAAUCAGUGAAGACUGUUUCGAGGAUGUGCAUGUUUACAAACUGGCGCUUGAAGCUUAUGUCAACUUAAACUUGGUCCAGGCGGAGUCAGCCUGCGUUUGCGGAUUUCCUCUGCCAGGAAGUAUGAGAAAGUAUCCUCUCCAGUUUACCGUUGUUGGUGACAUGCUCAUGCGGCAUUUGAUAAAAACAAACCCAGAGCAGUUUCUAAGUACACUUUCAAAGCUUGGCCAGUGGAAAGAUUUUCUGUAUUUCAAACUGGACCGUGGCAGCAAACUCAAUGACAUUAUGCCCCUCAUCCUGCAGUUAGACGAUCAAGAGAUACUGGACGAAUUUUUACCCCAAUUAGAUGUACAACUGUUUGAAAAUUUGAUGAAUAUACGAAAACGCCUUGACGAGUCAAAUGGGUGUUUCAACUGUGGACUGAACUUGAACUGGAAGAAGAAAUCUUUGGAUUGGACUUACCUGGGACAAACAGCUAUUAAGGCUAUUGGACCAGACCAGGCCAUAAAUGUACUUGAACGAUGCACUCCUCAAGGACAGACUGGCCUGCUAAAGAAGAGCUUCUUCCAAUCUUGCAUAUUUGCUAGUCUGUUGUCUGAUGCGCCAUCAAAAGCAAAGAAGGCUGUGAAUUUGAUGCAGAAGAGUACAGAGCCAAGCCAGCUUUUCUCCAAUGAGGUUGGUGGCAAAGUAAUUGAGGCCUUAACCAAGGAUCUAGCACUGCAAGGGGUGCUUCCAACCCAAUUCAUGCCCCCUGCUGCCUCUUCCGAUCACCACUGGGGAAUAAAGGUCCACCUCUGGGACCAGAAUUGCCCUCGAUGCUCUCUUCCAUUCGCAGACGACGUUCUUCUCAGGAACAGUGGAGUCCGGAUAUUUCCUUGCUCUCAUGCAUUCCACGUCGCUUGUCUUAGCGACGCCCCAACUGUAUGUAUGCAGUGCAAGGCUAAAGAAUAGUUUGAUUUACUGAUUGUGAGUUGUUCCUUAAUCACGUGCAAUUUUCCUGCUGAAAUCACCACGCUCAGCCAACAUUUGCUAACAUGGCCAAAUCAAGUCACGCCUGAAAGCUUGUGAUGCAAUAAUCCUUAUUUCAAUCAACUCUUGUAAACACCCUGAAAUUUACUUUUAAUCAUUUUAGAGGUCUUUAUCCCACAAUCCCCUUGUGAACCAAGCAUUUCUAUUUUUGUAGAGCCUAUAUAUUAGAUGGGUCAUAUUGAGAAUGGAAGCUAAUUAUUUUUAAUUCAAGCCUAGAGUGAAAUAUAUCCCUUUGUUUCGUACCAGAGGAAAGGCAUUGUGAUUAUUAUUUUCUGCACAUUUUGAAAAGUUUAUUGGACUUAAAUGUAAUUUUUGCAAAAUAAAAAGCUAAAUCGGA